UAAAUUUAAUUACACCGCCAUCUAUACGCUCAUUUUGUAAACAUACAUGGCAUCUGCUUUACCGACGGAGCGCCACCGCGCAUGCGUACAUAUUCGAGGCCACGGUCACAAAUGCACAGCGAUUGUGUUAUCACACACACAAGCGCAAGCCUCCAAAGUAGUCUAACGUGUUGACUGUCAUCAUGACGUUUUUAAUGUGAAUUGAGUGUUUAUUAAAGCUAAUUUGCGCUGGAAUUGAACAUAAAAUAUUCAAAAUGAACAUCAAGGCGGCUUUGGCCAUAUGUAUGGUCUUCGUUGGAUGUUGUUCCAACGUAGUUUUUCUUGAAUUGGUUGUGAAAGAAGACCCAGGCGCUGGAAAUUUGGUGACAUUCCUACAAUUCUUAUUUAUCGCGAUUUGCGGUUUUUGUACCGUUGGAAAAUUCGGUACCGCGAAAAGGAAUAUACCAUUCAAGCAAUACCUGAUUUUAGUUGGAUUUUUCUGGACAAGCAGCGUGGCGAAUAACUAUGCGUUCGAUUUCAACAUAUCUAUGCCUUUACACAUGAUUUUUAGAGCGGGGUCCCUAAUGGCGAACAUGGCAAUGGGUGUAUGGAUUUUGAAGAAGCAAUACCCAGCGUUGAAAUACUUGGCUAUCUUCAUGAUUUCCGCUGGUAUAGCGAUAUGCACAAUACAAUCGAGUGGUGAAGUAAAAGCGCCCAGAGAAACGCAUUCAGAUGCAGAAGAAGAAGCAAGAUUGAAAUUUAUAGAUUGGCUUUGGUGGUGUCUAGGCAUAGCCAUAUUAACCUUUGCGCUAUUUGUAUCAGCACGAAUGGGUAUUUUUCAAGAAUCCUUAUACACAAAAUAUGGAAAGCAUCCUUGGGAAGCGCUGUACUAUGCUCACUUAUUGCCGUUAGUUAUCUGGCUACCAUCAGCUCCAAAUUUAAUAGGACAUGUCAAAUUGGCUACAGAAACUGCCCCAGUGACUUUCCUAGGUUUUAUAAUGCCUGUUCAAGUGUUAUGGCUUCUUUUGUAUGUAGUUACUCAAGGUCUAUGUAUAAGUUCAGUGUAUGUUUUGACGACUGAAUGUGCGUCUUUGACUGUGACUUUAACAGUGACUUUAAGAAAGUUUGUGUCACUUCUAUUUUCAAUCGUUUACUUUAAGAAUCCGUUUACUCUUGGACAUUGGAUUGGGACACUUUUAGUGUUUAUUGGUACUUUGAUAUUUACGGAAUUAUUGCAGAAGUUUGUUGCUCUGUUCUUGCAGGCAAAAGUUGAUGAUAAAAAGAAGAAGAAAUAGGUUGUCUGGUCGAGGUUUUUUAGAGUUUUCAGAAACGGAACUCAAUGUAAUUUUUUUUUAUCUUAAAAGCACUUAAUGGCUAUAAGAAUUACCUUUAUGUACCUACCUAUAUUUGUAUUACCAACAAGUGUUUGAGUGUAUAACAACACCUAGUUAAGUAUAAUAAAUUAAAAACAUAAUAAUUUAUUGUAUGAUUAAAAUCAAUUAUAGCAGUUCAAGGUUUCUCAAAGCCUAAUAGGUCGACCCAAACUAAGUUGGCAACGAUAGGCCAGAUGGUGCAAGUGUUAGUUAUAAUGUUAUAGAAGUUUAACGUUUAAAAUAACUCUUGCAUCGUCUGGGCUAUCAAAAUCACUGCCAACUUAUUUUGGUCUGACUCUAUAAACUUCCCCGGAGUGUAAAAUACAAUUUUAACGAUAGCUAUUAAAUAUAUCAUUGAUAAAUUAAUAACGAUAUAAAAACAUGGCCUGUAUCGUCAAAUUUGUUUCUAAAAUUUAGUUUAUCUAUCUGUAUUAUUUAUCUAUUUUAAUUGAUAUUGUUAUCUGACCCUCUAUCAUGAGUUGCGUUCUAGUGGGAGCGUGCACGACUGUCACGCAACCUAGUGUCCGCAAUUCUAGGGGUCAAUUCACUACAUCUUAUAAAACAACUCCAAAACUAAAAACUACUGAACGGAUUUUCAUACGACUUUCAUCUAUCAAUAGAGUGAUUCUUGAGGAAGGCUUAAGUAUAUAACUUGUUAAGGUUUUGUGUAAAUUGUUUGAAAUAUAACGAUGUUGUCGGAAAAAAUCACCCUGGCUAGGAGCUUUAAUCAAAACCGCUGCCUAAUCCGUUUGAGCUAUAACAACACAAUGUAUGGUGGGGUUGUUUCUCAUUCAUAGGUCUACAAAAAAGUCCGCGAUGUGAAAUGUCUAUCUUUUAAGGAUAACUUACUAUAUCCAUUCUUAACUUCUAGAAAAAGAUCACGUAAUAUGUGGCAUUUGCAAAGCUAUUUACAUGGAUACAUUAUUAACAAUUAUCAAAAUAAAUACGUUAGUUAUAUUAACCAUUUCAUACAGAUUACAAUUAAAAUACACCACAACCAAACACACCAUACAAUUUAAAUGAAUAUUUCAGGAGUAAUCGUAAAUCAAAGUUUCAUUUCGAGCCAUAUAAUCGUACGAAAUGUUAAAGACGCUAUCCGCAGUUAGUUCAAAUUUUUACCACCUUACGCGUUGGGAUCGCUUUACUUACCCCCACCAUGCACUUCGCACGGUCCCAAUAGGUACUUGAAGUCGCGCUAGAUGUAUGGAGUCGCGCGCGUGAACGCAACUCAUGCUAGCAGGUCUGGUUUCAAAAUAGAAUGCUUGUUUUGUGAUAAUUUUUUAGUAAUGAAGAUUAAUUAUUCUUAUGAUGUUUAUAUUUAAAUUAUCUUUACAGUACAUAUGGUGCUACUUUCCCGCACGGGUGCGGGAAUGAGCACUUUCCGUGCAUAUGUCGGAACUUUAAAGAGCCUUAUGUACUCUAAAAAGUUGUACGAUACACGUGCGAAUAGGUAAUUCGCAACUCGGUGUCGAUUUAAUUUAUCACCACUCGUUGCGAAUUUCCUAUUUUCUGCACUUGUAUCGUAAAAAACUAUUAAAAUGCGGACAAAUAUGGACAAUUCACUACUUUAUGUAAAGGUUUCUGUUCAAUUUCACACUUUAUAAGUGCCACAAGUAAAACAUAAUAUAUCAUAAACAUAUGUCUCUUUUCACUAAUUCAAAUAUAGAAACUUCAGAUAAGAACAAUCUAAACUAUGAUAUCAUUAUUUGGCAUAAAUAAUUACAAAUUAUUCACUCUGAUGAAAUGUAUGACUAGGUAAUUUAAUGAUGUGAAUAUACUUAUAUAAUUAAAUUAAUGACUAAUGUAAUGACAUUGAAUUAGUGGCAUAAUAGUAAGUACUAGUUGAACGAAAAGAUAAUACUUAGUUAUCAAAUGUUAAUUAAAACUUAAGAGGGAAGAAUAGGGACCGUGCGCGUUGGAGGGUCUGCCAUCUUGUGGCCUGAAUCGGAACCAUAAACAUGUACAUGUACACGUCACGUGUUUUCUUGUGCAUACCUAGUAGGUUCUGCCAUCUUGUGGGCUACAUCGGAACAAUACACAGUCAUCACAUUUACGCCUCGCGCCAAAAAUCUGACGGCUCCUGUGCUGCCUCCUACAGUUCAUGCACGCUCCCUAUUAGAUUUGUGACCCUAACACGUACGUACAUUUUUGGUGAAAUUUCCAUUUUGGAAGAAAACGGUUCCCACUAACUAAAUCUUAACAAAUCACUUUGAUUUUGAUGUCGAUCGCUUCAACAUUAUAUAUUCUACACUUAUAGGUUUCGCUUUAAAAAAAAUACAUAUUUUUUAUAAAACAAACAGCUUAAUUUGACCAAGUUUUAAUCACAUUUUAUACGUUCAUAACAUUUCAUCAAAAAUGUAUGUACGUUCGGUUAGGAACGCAAAGCUAUUCUUCCCGCUUAGGAAGACCCAUUAAUGUAUAGAAAGUUACGUCUCUGUGUACAAUCUUUCAUGACCACAAUUAAAUUGACUUGUCACACGCGUUAUUGGUACACGCUAGGAAUUUAAAUACAUUAAAGCAAAUUUACUAUUAGUGUAAGGCCUGAGUGGACGCUCGAGUUGUACGUGCAGCGGCGAGGGGCGUGCAUUUUAAACAAAUACAAACGUAUAGGAGCGGCCUUAGUGCACGCUGCUCACUUCACUUGUGAGCCCGACGCCACGCUGCACGCCCCGCCGAACGCUCCGCUUCGAGCGUCCACUCAGACCUUAGACACACUUAUUAUAAGCGUUCUUGGAGCUGUGGACUCACCACGCUAAUGGUUAUUGAUAGGACUAAUGUAGCAAAAAACGAUAAAAAUAAAAUAACAAUACGACCAUACCGUCUCGCCCGCUUACGGUCACGUCUGAAAAUAUCAAUACGAAAAAAGUGCCAAAAAUAUGUAUACACGGUUUACUGCCCAUAUAUUAAGGUAGUGUAUACAUAUUUUUGGCAUAUUUUUCGUAUCGAUAUGUUCAGACGUGACUGUACAGUCGCCAUCAGAUAUAUCGGAGUGGCCAAGGUGCUCACAAAUAUCUGAAUACGACACGCCUCUAUUGCCAUGACGUUAGAGUGCGGGUUCAGAUAUUUGUGAGCACUUUGGCCGCUCCGUUACGACUGUAGAAAGGCCUAAAGCAAUAGAAGAUAGAUAGGUAGAAGAUAGAAUACUCUUUAUUGGCGCACCUCAGUAAAAAGAUACAAGAAAAAUAAACGAUUAAAUGUAGAGGCAGACAACAGGCGGUCUUAGCAAUGUAAGGUGAAGUAAAUUAAUAUAUGUAACAUUUCGUAAUAUGUCACAUUGACAAUCGUAUGAGGUACGAAAUUCUUUGACUUGUAUAUUGAUUGACCCGAAUAUCUGUUCAUGUGAUAUUUUAUAACAUAAAGAUAAUGUGUAAGGUAAAAGUACUAGUGCUCGACGCGGCACUAGUACUCGACAUGGGCACUUUAUGUCAAAGUGACAAAGAUUAAGUUCGAAUUCAGAAAAAUCUUCGUUGUUCAAAUUUAACCUAUAUUUUCAUGAAAUAAAGUGCCCAUGUCGGUGACUAGUGCAGCGUCGAGCACUAGUACUUCUACCUUAAUAGGGUCAAAUCAUAACUAGAACUUUUCCUUUCUUUCCAAUACGCCUCUGUAAUAACCAUUAUAAGCAGACCUUUGACUGCACAUACUUGUCAAAUAAAUCGAGUUCAGAAUUUAUUUGUAAGGACUCUAAUAUUACUCGAUCGAUAAAAAUUGUUCCAUUUAAAAUAAUUACUACUUCGCUUAAAUCAUUGCAAAAUAGACCUUAAGAUUGCUGGUUUAGAAUUGAUUGUUGAACGAUAAUGUUUGAGACUUGUGACGUUUUUCAACGGAGUCAACCAAUUUGAACAUUGACACGUAAUAUAGUAAAUUAGCGGUUUUAAUUUUGAAUUGAACAAAAUUGAACUUUAUUUCAUAAAUCGUACGGUUGCGUUUUAAAUGUUACGAGUGGAAGAUACGAGAUAUUCGAUUGCCGCUUGUUGGAUCGAAAAUCGUCGGUAGCUGUUUUUGUGAAGUGACAGUUUCAACACUUAACCAGUACCCCUAGUGUAAAUAAAUUCGAUUUCGAAACGUGACGAACGCGUUUGCGUUAAGUCUCAUUUUUUAUAGGAUUUUGAGUUUCCAAAACGUCCCGCUUGGCGCGCUCUUUCUAAAUCCAAUACAAAAUGAGACUAAACGCAAAUGCGUACGUCACGUUUCGAAAUAGAAUUUAUUUACACUAGGGGUACUGUAUAAUGCAAUUAAAAAUUAUUUAUUACGAAAAUGUACAAAAUAAACGUAUCACCUUUGAUAC